AAGGCGGCGGAGACGAUGCGGGGCGGCACGGUGCAGAUCAACUGGCACGACCUGCAGCCCGUGCUCACGCUCGACUUCCACCCCGUCUCCCGCCGCCUCGCCACCGGCGGCGGAGACCACGACAUCAAGAUCUGGGCGAUAGCGUCGGACGACUCGGACAAGAAGCUCCCCACCGCUUCCUACCUCACCAGCCUCUCGUCCCACAGCUCCGCCGUCAACGUUCUCCGCUUCUCCCCUUCCGGUGAAAAUCUGGCGUCCGGUUCCGAUGGUGGUGGUAUUAUCCUUUGGAAAUUGCAUAUCAAUGAUGACGGCAGCGAGGCCUGGAAAGUACACAAAUCGUUAUUGUUCCAUUGCAAGGACGUUCUUGACCUGCAGUGGUCAAGUGAUGGUUCAUUCCUUGUUUCUGCUUCAGUUGACAACACUUGCAUAAUAUGGGAUGCUAACAAAGGUGCGAUGCAACAGAAGUUGGAGGGCCAUUUACAUUAUGUUCAGGGGGUGGCAUGGGAUCCUCUCGGUCAAUAUAUUGCUUCUUUGAGCUCUGACAGAACCUGUAAAAUAUAUGCAAAUAAGCCUCAAGGCAAAUCAAAGAAUAUGGAGAAGAUGAACUUUGUUUGCCAGCAUACACUAGUGAAGGCAGAACUUCAAAGUCAUGACGAUUCCAAGCCAACAGUUAAAACUCAUUUGUUCCAUGAUGAGACAUUACCAUCUUUCUUCCGGAGGUUGGCAUGGUCGCCGGAUGGAUCUUUUCUGGUACUGCCAGCAGGCCAAUGCAAAUACUCAUCUGAAGUGGUUAAUACUGCCUAUAUAAUGUCAAGGAGAGACCUGUCAAGGCCUGCAAUUCAACUCCCUGGUGCAAGUAAGGCUAUAGUAGCAGUUCGUUUUUGCCCUGUUCUUUUCAGCCUGCGCGGUUCUCAAUCAGAAGGUUUAUUCAAGCUUCCGUACAGAGCUAUUUUCGCUGUUGCUACUUUCAACUCACUGUAUGUCUAUGACACUGAAAGUGCUGCUCCAAUUCUAAUACAUGCUGGUCUACAUUAUGCCGCCAUUACAGAUAUUGCAUGGUCAUCUGAUGCAAAGUACCUGGCAUUGUCAUCGCGAGAUGGUUACUGCACUAUUAUUGAGUUUGAGAAUGAGGAACUGGGGCAGCCACACAUCAUCCCUGGGAAGAAAGAAGUUACAGAAGCAAAUGUCACAUGCAGAAAUCGGAAACCAUUAACAGUAGAUAGCAUGGAAGUUGAUUUUGGUACCAGUGAAGUUAAGAUGUCAGCCUGUCCCGCGGAUACAAUGACAACUCCACCAAUGUUGGCCAAAAACAGUACUUUAGAACCACUGAAGGCAGACAGUAUGGAAGUUGAUGUUGGUGCCGGCAAAGCUAAGAUGGAGGCCAAUCCUGUGACUGUAGAAGUGACACCGCCACCAGUGUCAGCCAAGAAGAGUGCAUCCAGUAACCCCACUAAGAAGCGAAUUACUCCCAUUGCAAUGACUACUCCACCAGUUUUGGCCAUAAACAGCACAUUGGGGGUGAAAGAAGUUACUGAAGGAACCGCGACCUGUGAAGACGCAAAGCCAUUGAAGGCAGACAGUAUGGAAGUUGAUGUUGGUGCCAGCAAAGCUAAGACGGAGGCCAAUCCUGUGUCUGUAGAAGUGACACCUCCACCAGUGUCAACCAAGAAGAGUGCCUCGAGUAAGCCCACUAAGAAGCGAAUUACUCCCAUUGCAAUUAACUAAGUAGCAGAAGUAGUUAGGAUCAUGAUAUCCUCUGUACUGAUAACAAGUACUGGAAACUACAGUUAGGUUACGCUGUAAAGAAAUGUAGCCUGCGGCCUUGUUCACCUUCUGCUGUAGUCCCAGAAAUCCUCUUUCUGCUCACGUCACAUAUGGACAGAAAGCUUAUGUUUACUUACGAGCACCUUUUUUUAUGAAGUAAUAUGUGUCGGUAACUA